AUGAAGAGAAAAAGGGACUCGGUCACAGCAAUGUCCUCGUUGACGAGUGGAGGUAUUGAGUCACUGGGAGCUGAAUUUGAGGUGUUUUUGAGUUUCAGAGGGCCAGACACUCGUCUUAAUUUCACUGAUCACCUCUAUCACUCCCUAGAUGGAGCUGGGAUUCGCGUCUUCAUAGACAAUGAAGAGAUCCGAAAAGGUGAAAAGAUUGGAGAAGAGCUUUUGCGUGCGAUCAAAGAUUCUAAAAUUUAUGUGCCCAUCUUCUCCCGAGACUAUGCAUCUAGUCCAUGGUGUCUUCGUGAACUCGCCCACAUGGUGGAAUGCUCGAGAAGAUUAACGGACAAAGUGCUUCUUCCCAUUUUCUUCGACGUCGAUCCUUCUGAUGUUAAGCUUAGAACAAGAUUAUACGCUGAUGCCUUGAAACGGCAUGAGGACAGGUUCGGCUACUAUGAAGUACAAUCAUGGAAGGAGGCUCUAACAGAGGUCGCUUCUAUCGAUGGAUGGGACUGCAAAGAUAGACGCCAAGGGGAACUUAUAAAACUUAUUACCGAUGAGGUCACAAUGAGAUUGGCGAGAAGAGUUCGACGACUAGUGCCUGAUCAUUUGGUUGGAAUUGAUCGUCAUAUGCAAACAAUCAUACAUUUGUUAGGCAAAGACUCUCAUGAUGUACGGUUUGUCGUUGUACACGGAAUAGGUGGAGUCGGUAAGACAACUCUUGCCAAUGUUGUUUUCAACCAAAUCGCUUCUCAAUUUGAUGGUUGCAGCUUCCUGUCAGACAUUCGAGAAUUUUCACAGCAGGGUAAAAUUGCGAAAUUGCAAAAAAGAUUAUUGUCCGACAUCCUCAAGUCUAAAUCCAUAAAGGUUCAUGAUACCAACUACGGGAUCAAUAUGAUUAGAGGGAGAUGUCGCCACAAGAAAGUUCUGAUUGUUCUUGAUAAUUUGGAUAAAAGGGACCAGCUUGUGAUGCUAGCAGAAAAGUGCAAUUGGUUCGGUCCAGGAAGUAGAAUUAUUGUGACAACUAGAGACAUCGGUAUUUUCAAAGCUUACAAGAAUCAUGCCUCAAUGCAUCAUAAAGUGUACCACUUCUACGAAAUGGAGGAGAUGCGUUAUUCUGAUGCUAUUCAACUUUUCUGUAGACAUGCAUUUGAGAGCGAUGCUCCUCCACAUGAAUAUGAUAGAAUAACAAGAGAAAUUGUGAAUAUAACUGGUAGACUUCCGCUAGCUCUUGUGGUCAUCGGAUCCUCACUUUGCUGGGUGAGUGAAGAAGUGUGGGACGAUGUAUUGGCCAAGCUGAAGGAAAUGCCUCACAAAGAAGUUCAGGAGGUAUUGAAGAGAUUUAGGAAGGGAUCUUGUUCGUAG